UCUUUCUUUUUGCAAGUAACCGUAAAAAAAAAGUGAAUGUGUUUUUUAUUACUGCAAAUUACGUAAAAUUAUGAAAUAUUAAUUUUAUUUUGGAUAUUAAAUAAUAGAAAAAAAAAUAUAAAAAAAUUUCUCGAUUGGUGAUGAUGAUUUUUUAGUUCAUAAUAAUUUACAAAGGAAACUAAUACAUUCUAAAUAAAGAAAUCCAAAACAAAAAAAAAAACAAAAUAUAAAGGGAAAAAAUAGAUGAAUAAUUAAAGAAAAAAUUUGUUUUUAAUUCAAAUAGCAAUCGUCAUGCAUUUUAAUCACAAAAAUAUUUCACCUUAUACAGUUUCAUUUAAUCUUUGGAAUUAAUAAAAUUUGUUAAGCCUUUUUCUAAGGAAAUCAUUUCCAUAUAUAUACAACUACCUAUAUUAUAACGAGUGCUUAUUAAAAACAAAACAAAGGAAUAAAAGCAAGAAAAAGACACAACAAAAAAAUAUUUAGAACAAGAUGUCUAAAAGAGAAAUGACAGAUUCAUUAGAACGUCCUGGAUUAUUUAAAGAAUUAAAAGUAGUUUUAGUUGGGCCAGCAAAAUGUGGAAAAACAGCUUUAAUACACCGUUUCGUAAAUGAAACAUUCAGUGAUAAUUAUGUACCAACUGGUUUCGAAAAAUAUUCAACAAAACGUCGAAUUGGUGAUUUUACAAUAGAAUAUUCAAUAUGGGAUACAUCUGGUAGCGGUUCCUAUGAUACAGUUAGACCAUUAGCAUAUCAAGAUGCACAAAUAUUUAUUUUAUGUUUUAGUAUAUCAGAACCGGAUACAUUACAAUUAACAUUAAAUAAAUGGUUACCUGAAAUAAAAUCACAUUGUCCAAAUACACCAAUAAUAUUAUGCGGUUGUAAAGCUGAUUCACGAUAUAAUAGUAAUUCAACGACAACUGGAACAACAACAACACCAAAUCAUCUUAAUUCAUCACAUAAUGAUUUUGAUAAUUCAACAAAUUUUUAUAUUAAUCAACAAGCAGCAAUUGAACAAGAACAAGCAAGAAUAGCCUGUCAACAAUUUAAUGGUAUUGCAUAUAUUGAAACAUGUUCAAGAUAUCCAAGUCCUGGUAUUGAUGAAAUGUUUGAAUUAGCUGCACAAACUGCAUUAGAUAUAACAGAAAUAUCAUCGAUACCAUCAUCAAAAACUUCAACAAAAAAACGUAAAACCUAUAGUAUUUCAACAUCAACUUUAGGUAAAAGUUCAACGCAAUCUGUUGAAAAAUCAAUGCAUAACUGUAAUAAUAAAUCAACUCAUUUAAAACCCGAUAUUCGAAAAGGAACAAAAAAUUGCUCUUUAAUGUGAAAAUAAUUUUUUUUUAUUUUAUAAUUAAAUUAAAAAAUUUUUUUUUUUCUUUUUUGGUUUUAUUCAUUAAAUUUACACAAAAAAAAAAAAAUAUUUUUCUUUUUCAAAUAAUAUUUUAGUACAUUUUUAGUUUAUUUUAUAUAAUUUGUUGAUGUAAAUAUUAUAUUUUAUUUAAGUCGUUAUUAAAACUAGUCAAAAAUAAUAAAAAAUAAUGUUACAAGAAAAUUAAAAUUUUUAAACGAAGAGAUUUAUAAUAGUUAUACAUACAUGCAUAUUAUAUAAUAAUAUUAUGUAUUAUUAUGUACAUCCAUAUAUAUUAUAUAUUAUUAAUUUUAUAUAAAAUGGAAAAAGAGAAAAAGAAAAAAAAAAUACAAAUACAAUAAAUGUAUUUAAAAAAAGACAUUUUAUU